GCAUUCUGAAGCGGGGAGCCAACUGUCAUAAAGUACAUCCCUUUGCUAGAGAAGCUAUUGAUUUGCAUGUUUACACAAUUAAGUUUAAUUUUGCUACUACCUGGCAAAGCCUUAGUAAAGUUCUGUUUAGAAAAGAAGCCUUUUGCUUUGACUGUGUGUUGCCGGUGCAAUAAAGAGUUGAGGUUAGCGAAGGCGAAACAUGACAAUAAGCUGUACGCGUGACUCAAGUUGUCGUUCUGGUGCGGUCGUCUUUCGAAGGCGCUGAGCUGGUUCUCCUUUCUGCUUUUUUAGAGACGCGCGUGUGGUUAAGGACAUGGCGACGGGAAAAUCUAAAGGAUACGGCUUCGUUUCCUUCUUCAAUAAAUGGGACGCAGAGAACGCGAUUCAGCAGAUGGGUGGUCAGUGGCUCGGCGGAAGGCAAAUCAGAACGAACUGGGCGACAAGAAAACCUCCGGCUCCAAAGAGUACAUACGAAUCAAACGCCAAACAACUGUCUUACGACGACGUGGUCAACCAGUCCAGCCCGAGCAACUGCACCGUGUACUGCGGCGGUGUUACUUCGGGACUGACAGAACAGCUAAUGCGCCAGACCUUUUCUCCCUUCGGGCAGAUCAUGGAAAUCAGAGUCUUCCCGGAUAAAGGCUACUCCUUUGUACGGUUUAAUUCUCACGAGAGCGCCGCGCAUGCCAUCGUUUCCGUCAACGGAACAACCAUAGAGGGACACGUGGUGAAGUGCUACUGGGGCAAGGAGACGCCAGACAUGAUCAGUCCUGUCCAGCAGAACCAGAUCAGUUACCCGCCGGCGUACGGGCAGUGGGGCCAGUGGUACGGCAAUGCCCAGAUCGGGCAGUACGUGCCCAACGGCUGGCAGGUCCCUGCCUACGGCAUGUACGGGCAAGCGUGGAACCAGCAGGGCUUUAAUCAGACGCAGUCUUCGGCGGCGUGGAUGGGCGCCAACUACGGCGUGCAGGCGCCGCAGGGGCAGAACGGGAGCGUGAUACCCAACCAGACGGGAUACCGCGUGGCCGGCUUCGAAACGCCCUGA